AUGGGGCGCUGUUUCAAUCACAAAUUCGUGCUCAAUUUUUGCAAUCUAUUACUAUUGCUAUGUGGCAUGCUGCUAAUUGUGGCAGGUUGCUAUCUCUUUACGGACAACAAGAGAAUUCUGCUCUCCCGCCUGUUGGCAGCUCCCAGCGAGCAGUUGAACUCCUUGCCACAGCCGCUGCUCUAUUAUAUCUCGCUGGGAUUGGCCAUUGCAGGAUUUGUGGCCGUCCUGGCCUCCAUGCUGGGAUUCUGGGCGAGCUGUCUGCACACCUAUUGCUUCCUCAGUGUUUACUUUCUGAGCGUUGUGGUGCUGCUGCUGGCGGAGUCGGUGAUUUGUUUGGCCAUCACACUGUGGCCGCAUUGUCUGGGCAUCAGUCUGGAUGAGGGGCAGAUGAUUAAGGCGCUGCAGCGGAACUAUGGUGUACCUGGUCAAGAGCAGUUCACCAAUGCCAUGGACUUGGCUCAAACGCGCUUCGGUUGCUGUGGCAUGAGAAGCUCCCUCGACUACGACACUUCGUUGUGGCGCCUCCAAAGCUACGGGCAACGCAAUUGGCCGGUUCCCCUGAGCUGCUGUGUCCUGGCAAAUGCUCCACAGCCGCUGGCUUUUCUGGAUCCCAAGCCAGCCAAUGAAUCCCAGUGCCAGUCACUGGAGCGUCCCGUCUAUGAAAGGGAGCGCUACACGGAAUCCUGUUUGGAUCACUUGGAUGCCUGGUAUCGGGAGCAAUAUGGCAUCUUUCUAGCCGCCAGUCUCGUUCUCGCUCUGGUCGAAUUCAGUGUCCUCCUGGGCAUCAUUCUCACCUGCACGGGCAUUGCAUCACGUCGUGCCAGAUUGGACAACUCGUCACAGGUCGUGGGUUUCAGCCAGAAAGGCAGAAGACGCGGCACGGCCAAGUCCCGGCAAGCGUUGGUCGACAACAUCUACGAAUCGGAGGUGCAACUGCGUGGCAACAAUGCCCAAGGCGGUGGCAUGUGCCUCGGCGCUGCCAGCAGACAUGUGAGCAGCGAGGACUUCAAGGAACUCUACGUCCAGCCCAGGGAUCUCUACAAGCAGCGACACAACACCACCUUCAAACCAAACGCCAGUGAUUACCAAACUCCCACGCGCAGUUACUUGGUUUAGUUCUUAACGGAUCAGAUG